GGUUGAUUGGUCACAAGAGUAAGACAUGUGGUCAGUUAUAUUGUUGAUAUCGUUUUGUGGGUUGGUCCAAGGACUAUCCCGGGUGGACCCUCUUGUGUCAACUAAAAGUGGUCUUAUUCGUGGACUUCUAACUGAUAGCGGGUACGCACAAUUUCUUGGUGUGCCUUAUGCAGAAGUGAAUAAAAGCAAUCCUUUUGGGCCGGCAAACCCACACCCAGGUUUCAACGACAUCUAUGAAGCGUACAAAUCAAACGUAUGCCCUCAAGUAUCCUACAAUACUGUGGUUGGAACCAUAGACUGUCUUACCUUGAACAUCUAUGUGCCAAGUGCCGCUACCUCUAAAAACCGCUUGCCAGUGAUGGUAUGGAUACAUGGAGGUUACUUUAUUGUUGGUAGUGGGGAUGCUGUCCGCAUCCCAGACUACUUACUAAGGAAAGACGUCAUUGUAGUAACAAUCAACUACAGGCUUGGCGCUUACGGCUUCAUGUGUUUAGAUAUUCCAGAAGUUUCUGGAAAUCAAGGACUUAAAGACCAAGUAUUAGCUCUGAGAUGGAUCAACGAUAACAUCGACGCUUUUGGAGGAGACGUUACUCAAAUAACUGUGUUCGGGGAAAGUGCUGGUGGCAUGUCAGUGAAUUUACAUUUAUUGUCGUCUUACGAACCUUUAUUUCAAAAAGCAAUUAUUCAGAGUGGUCCAGCAGUAAGUCCAUGGGUAAUGAAAGAAACUGAUAACAGUGUGCCUAUAAAGUUAGCUAAAGCAUUAAACUUUCCCACCGAUGAUGUAUCUGAGGCCAUAGCUUUCCUUUCAACAAUAGAAGUUCACACAUUAGUCAAAUUAGCUCAUGAUUUAAAAUUAACAUUUUUUAUGAGUCUAGAAGACAGUCCUUCAACUGUACCAUGUGUUGAAAAGAAAAUGGAAGGUGUUGAACAUUUUUUGACAGAAUAUACUAUGAACAUAGAAUCGACUAAACUCAAAAAUGUUCCAGUGAUACUUGGUGUGACUAGCAAUGAACUGUUUAUGGGAUAUGGAACUGCCGAUGAUGAGUUCUUUAGGAACUUUGAUUUUACUGUGUUAAACACAGCUACUGAUUUAGGAGGAAAAUUCGAUGAAGCUGUAGAAGAUAUCAGACAUUUCUACAUUGGUGAUGAAGACACUAGUGAAAAAGUCAAAGAUGAAAUAACAAACUUUGCUUCAGAUGUUUUGUUUAACCAUCCUACAGAAAGAAUGGCUAAAAGGCUUUUGGAACUUGGGGCCAAGUCUGUGUACAGAUAUGUUUUCUCCUACAGUGGUGGUAGAAACGUUAUAAAGAUAAGAUUGAAUUUGAAUGGCACUGGAGCUGUGCAUGCUGAUGAAUUGGGAUAUUUGUUUGAUAGUGGUGAACUUGCUGGUGAUAUUGCUCCUGAAGAUCAACUUAUGAUUGAUAGAAUGACAACAAUGUGGACUAACUUCGCUAAGUAUGGAGAUCCAACGCCAUCAACGUCAGGAUUACUCCCCAUCAAAUGGGAACCUAUUACGAGGACUACUCAUCCCUACUUGAAUUUGGAUUCUGAUCUCAGCCUUGAAAGUAGACCAUUCCACAACAGGAUGGCUUUCUGGGAUUUAUUCUACAAAGUUUAUGUAAAUUAGCACCAGAGGGAAGAUUUUAGAAAUUC